AUCAUCAAAAACUAUAAUUAUUAUCAUUAAAAAUUUAAAUAUAUUUUAUCAUGAGUGCGAAUGUAUUUGACAAUUGGCAAUUUCUCAAAUUUUGUAAUGAAUAAAUAAAAUGUUGAAAAAAGGAUUAGAAAUAGUAGCGCAACUUGACAAUGUUAAAUUUCGCCAACUGGUUAAUCAUAUUUGUCAAGGAUUGUACACAGGAAAUGAAAAAAUAUUUAGCGAAGAUGAAGAAGAUAAAUUAAUGACGUCACUUAAUUUAAAAAAGGAUAAUUUAAGUUUGCUACUGGAUACUAUUACAUUUAUUUACUCACAAGCUGCAUUCAGUAUUAUUGAACCAGCGCAGAUGGAAAGUUGUAUGAAUGAUAAAUUUUCAUUAUCAGAAGAUAAAAUAUCAAUAUUUGUUAAUGCCUGGAGUACUUAUUCUAAACAAAUAAUUGAUACAUUACGUCGUAAAUCUGUUUUUCCUAAUCGAAUUGAAGAUAUAAAUUGGAGUUUUAAUAUCCAAGCAUCGUCACCAGAACACGCUGCUGACAGUAAACCAGUACUAUUAUUACAAUUAAAUAUGAGUGAUGAAUCUAAACCACUUACUGUUGAAAUGGACAAGUCAAGUUUGUCGGAUUUAUAUGAAAAUUUAGAAAAAAUUCAAAGCCAACUCGACGCGCUUAAAUAAAUCGAAAAUGUAUUCCCACGUGCAGUGCAGUGACGAAGCGUGAUAACGUGCUCAAUUCGAUGAAAUACUGUCACUUUCAUUAAUCAAUAAUAAAAAAUGGACAAUGGUUUAAUAUAAACAAAUCUAUAUUUUAUUUUUUUAUUUUAUAUUUAUUUAUUUAUAUGUAUAAUUAUUAAUACUUUAACAUAACUUAAUAUUAAUUAUAUUGCACUAAUAUUUUAAAAUAAAAUAAAAUUCAUUAUUCAUUACGAUUACUAAUAAUUGAUAAUAAAUAAAUUAAGGCACAUUGUUAAUGAAAAUUAUAUCUCCUGGAAUUUGUACAUUUUUAAAAAUAUUUUUAGCCUCUUAUUUAUUUAAAUAAAUUAUUAAAAAAAUCUUGUUAAAUUGUUAAUUAGUCGCUUAAAUUAAAUAUUAAAAAAACAAUGUCAGACUAAAUGAUCUAAUUUAAAAUUAAUAUUUAACUAAAAUAAACACUUAUUUAAAUAAUAAAUGAUAACUUAAAAGUAUUAAAAUAUAAGCGAAAAAAUCAUGCAUGACAUUUAGUGAAACAUAUAUUAAUAUUUUAAAUUAAUCUCAAUAAUUACACUCAAUAUAAUAAUUGAUAAAUGCAAUUAAAUAAUCAUUAAAUAAUUAAUAUAAUAUCUUUGAGCGUUUUGUUCAUGAUUACAAUCUAUAUAAAAUAUUAAUAACGAUAAUAGGUAAUUAUUAUUAUUAUCAUCAUUUAAAAAAAAGGUAUUUUUUUUAUUGACUAUAGUGCAUUUCCACCACCACGUCACGAGCAGUAGAAAUAGUCUUGAACCAUUAAAAGAGUGGGAACAAAUGAUAAUCAUUUAU